AUGGCCUAUAAUUAUAAUCCAUACAACAAUUCCUACCCAUACCCUCAACCAGUUGGUUAUCCAAUGGGAUAUGCUCCUCCAGUUGUGCCAGUCGCACCAAUUGCACCAAUGGUUGCGCCAGUUCCGGUAGUCGCACCAAUUGCUCCAAUGAUGGCUCCAGUUAUGGCACCUCCAGUUGUAGUUAUUGAGGAACCUUAUUAUGGGCAUCACUACGGGCACCACCAUCAUCAUCACCACUGCUAA